AUGACUGAACAAGAGGACUUGCACCUUUAUCACUUGACUUUACAGCGACAAGCAAACUAUGUUCACUCAUGUGUAGGACAUUUUGUUAAUUAUAAAGAACAUGACUUAUUAGUGGGUAGUAAGGUAGAGGGAAAUGGCUCUGGUAAGACUGGGAAGAGCCGGAAAGAUUUGCAGUUAUGUUUGGCUACUCAGACACACAUAGAUCUAUUUGAUGUUGAAGAUGGUCGUUUGGAGCGUGUGGUUAGUGUGCCUAUUUUUGCCAAUAUUAUGUCUAUGGAUAGGCUAAAGAUUGAGAACAAUACAUAUUUAUUAAUUGCAUCAGAUUCUGGGAACUUGACGGUGUGUGAAUUUGUAUUUAGAGACGGAAUCGUUAAACUGAAGACUUUAUUUAACGAGCCGAUGAGUCGGUCUGGGGUACGAAGGCUAUCGCCGCACUCUUAUCUAGCUGUAAAUCCGCAAGGUAGAUGCAUGAUGGUUGCAGGAAUGGAGAGGAAUAAAUUGUGCUACCUGACGGACGUAAAACAGAACGAGCUGUGCAUUUCAUCCCCCCUAGAGGUAAAUCGGCCUAACUUUGUUUGCAUGGCUAUGGAAGCUUGCGAUGUCGGGUACGAUAACCCCAUGUUUGCAGCUCUCGAAAUAUCUCUUGAUGAUAAAAGCAGACAUUUAAUAUUUUACAUGCUUGAUUUGGGACUUAAUCAUGUUGUCAGAAAGGCGGAGUUUGCUCUCCGAGACCAGAGCGCAUCGUUUUUAUUGGCAAUUCCCAAUUUAGAGCCCUACGGAAUAGCAAAACCAGCCAUUUCUCCUGAAGAAGGUGACCCGGACGCUAUUAUUGCAUAUGCAAUUGUGGGUUUUGAUAAUUAUAUCUCGUUGAGGGACGAGAGCGGUCGAUGUGAUAUCAGUGUCCAACUACCCAGUCGGAAAGAUGCACAGAAGACGCAAAUUACAUGCGGGACUGUGCAUAAGUUGAAGAAGGAGUUUUUUGUUCUUCUGCAAUCAAACUUUGGAGAUCUUUAUAAAGUAAAGAUAAUUCCAGACGCGAAGGAAAAGUUCCCUGUGAUCACUAUAUCAUACUUUGACACUAUACCCCAAGCACAGGGUCUACACAUUUUUAAAAAUGGUUUUCUUUACUCCAACUCAGAAUUCUCUAACCACUAUCUUUAUCAAUUUGAGAAACUUGGUGAUGACGCCGAGGAGGACACUUUGUCAUCCUAUAUGCCAGGAAAGAGGCUAAUUUUUAAACCCAGACUGGAGCUGGAUAACUUAGCGGUUGCUGAUUAUCAAGAUCUGCUAAACCCGAUUGUUGGUGCUCAUUUUUUGAAUAUACUUCCUCUAUCCGCAAUAAUAGAAUCCACUGAUGGCACGAAGCUGUUGAAGGCAGGUGUAUCUUUCGAUGCCAUAAUUUCAUCACCUUUGCCACAAGCCCCACUAGAUAUAUGGACUACAAAAGCGAAUACUUCUGCUUUUCAUAAAUUGUUAUUUAUCGGUCUGGCAGGUUUAACGAUGAUUUUAAAAACAGCCGAUGGCACUAUUGAAGAGUUGGAACUGGACAGUAACCCAUUUAUUCUAAAGAAUGACAAAACAUUGUUAGUAGCAUGCAUGGGAAGGUCUUCGAUUAUCCAGGUAUGUGAGAAUAGACUAAUACAGGUCAUCGAACACCAAAAUGACGAAUACGAGUCAAAGCUAGAGUGGCUUCCUCCAGCAGGUAUUUCUAUCACGAAAGCCGCAGCCAAUAGCUCUCAAUUGGUGUUAUCACUAUCUAACAAUGAGAUUGUAUACUUUGAGGUUGGUAUGAACGACUCUUUGAACGAGCUUCAAGAUAGGAUUGAGCUAGAAGAUCCUGUGACAGAUCUGUCAGUUGCAUACGGACAUAGGUCAGAAUUUUUAGCAGUUGCAUGUAAUGAUGCCUCUGUUAGAGUUUACAGCUUGAAAUCGAAUGAUACUGAGAAUUUUUUGGAAGUUGUAUCGAUGCAGGCACUUAUGUCUGUAGCAUGCUCAGUCCAAUUGCUAGACUCCAAUGUGAACCUAUCUUUGCAUAUAGGUCUAAAUUCUGGUGUUUAUGUCAGAUCUAAGUUAGAUAAAGUGAAUGGGCAACUAUUUGAUGUCCGCACAAAGUUUAUUGGAUCCAAACCCGUUACUAUUACAUCUUUGCCAAAUUUAGAUCCGUUGGUAAACGAUAAUGAAAAUGAAGAUGAUGAAGAAGAAGCGGACGAAGUUAACGUUCACCGGGCCGAAGACAGUGAAAAAGGGACUAUGAUACAUUCUGUAAUGCUGCAUUCAAGCAGAACAUGGAUUUCCUAUGAGCUUGGAACCGAAAUGUUUGUGAGACCAAUGAUAAUAACUGACAAUCAAGUUCUCAAAGCUGCUGCUCCCUUCGCUUCCACUGAGCUUCUCAAGAAUGGCUGUUGUUCCAUUAAUUCCAAUGGGUCUUUGGUGGUAGGUAAAAUUGGGAAGCUCUCUUCUUGCGAUUCAUGGUUCCAGUUCACCGAUGUCUCUGUUCCAAUACCGAAUGGUAGUACCUUUGAAAAGAGGCUAGAAGGUCAUAAGACUGAAUCAUAUCAAAGUGGUACCAAUCAAGGAAAAGCAGAGGGCGAAGAAGAACAAAAAGAAGAAAAGGAAGAGAGAGAAAUAGAGGGAGAUGAAGAGCAAGAGGAUGAGGCUGAGGAUGAGGACGAGGAAGACGAUUAUGAUCUAGUUGAAAAAAAACAGAAAUCCAAUAUGAUUAGGGGAAGGACAGUGCUUGCUGAUCCAGAUGAUGAUAGACUGCUCUACAUUUUUGGAAAUUACACGGAUAGAAAUUGUAGCAUAAUGUCGGUUUUCAAGAACGACAUGUAUUACUCGCAUAAUAUUACCAAUAAAACAUUCCAAAUUUUUGAAGACUGUAAAAUUAUUUCUGUCCAAAUAGCAAGGUUUGGCCAAGAUACGAAGUAUAUUGUACUAUCUACACAAGCAGGGACAUUGAAAACAUUUAGGCUUCAUAUAUAUAAAAGGAAUCAGCAGCGACUAUUUGAUACAAUACACAUUCACGACACAGUAGUUGGUAAUACUGUUCAUGCGUUAGUAGCAUUUGAUGAUAAAAUAUUAGUUCAUGCAAACAGUGCGCUAAUUUUAUAUGGCAUGGGGAAGAAACAACUUUUAAAAAAGUCCCUGACACCAACCUCUUCGUCAAUUAAAAAGGUUGUAGCAUUGGACCAGUGGAAAAACGAUCGGAUAGCGGUAGCUGACAUUCACGAGUCGGUCACACUGUACAUAUAUGACAAGAAGAAAAAUAUCUUUACAGCUAUUGCCGAUGAUAUUACAAAGAGACAUGUUACUUGUAUCAAGUUUCUGGAUGAAUCCACAAUAAUUGGAGGUGAUAGAUUUUCGAAUGUUUGGGUACUGCGGUUACCGCAAGAGUUCAACAAAAUACUAAAGGAAGAUCUUGAAGGAUAUAUACAAACCCUUACAACAAACUUACCAUCGAACAUUAGGGAAGCAAUUUUUAAGUGGAAAUUAACAAACCACUUUUAUGUCAAUGAUAUUCCGAUGUCGUUCCAAAUAAUAUCGUCAACUUUAUUGUCGGAUAGAGAUGUAAUUUACUAUACGGGUUUACAGGGAACGGUCGGUUGCUUUAUACCUUUGAUAACGAGGAAAGAAGUAGAGGUUUUUGAAUCCAUAGACGGUACAAUGAAAGAUGCAGAUUAUAUAUUUUAUCGUGAGCAAGAGGACCGCCGAAGGGACGAUUUUGCAGAAGGCCUUGAUGACAAUGAAGCAGAUUCCGGAAACCUUGACAGCCAUUUUCAGGUAAAGAAGGAACACCGCUUACCGGAAGGAGCUUACUCGUUGGUUGGAAGAGAUAUCCUUGCAUAUCGGAGUUACUACAAUCCAGUAAGGCAUGUGAUCGACGGUGAUUUGUGCGAACGCUAUACCACACUAUCAACGAGAGAACGGAACUUUUUAAGUGAAAAGAUUGGCAGUUCUGUGCAGGAGAUUCAUAAAUAUAUAAAUAAUAUGCGGACUAAUUGUUUGUAG